CAGUGCACUGCAGUUCUACAUUCUCGCUCCGUGGAGUUCAGCUAUGGCGAUUCCUAAACCGAUCCCUAAUUUUAUCUUUCUAAUUCUUGUCUCUUUCUUCGUCAUUGCCUCUGCUGAAGUAUUCUUCGAAGAGCGCUUCGAUGAUGGAUGGGAAAGUCGGUGGGUAAAAUCUGACUGGAAGAAAGAUGACAACAUGGCUGGGGAAUGGAAUUACACUUCUGGAAAAUGGAGUGGGGAUCUUAAUGACAAAGGUAUUCAAACUAGUGAAGACUACAGGUUCUAUGCUAUUUCGGCUAAGUUCCCAGAAGUUAACAACAAGGGCAAGACUCUAGUCUUCCAAUUUUCUGUCAAGCAUGAGCAGCAGCUUGAUUGUGGUGGUGGUUACAUGAAACUACUCAGUGGUGACAUUGACCAGAAGAAUUUUGGUGGUGACACCCCAUACAGCAUUAUGUUUGGGCCUGAUAUCUGUGGAAGCACAAAGAAAGUACAUGCUAUUCUUCAUUACAAGGGGACAAACCACUUGAUGAAAAAGGAAGUUCCAUGUGAGACUGACCAACUUACUCACGUUUACACAUUUAUUCUCCAUCCGGAUGCUACUUACAAAAUUCUUAUUGAUAAUGUUGAGAAACGAACUGGUAGCUUGUACACUGAUUGGGAUCUUCUCCCACCGAAGAGAAUCAAGGAUCCCAGUGCAAAGAAGCCUGAAGAUUGGGAUGACAAGGAAUUCAUCCCUGAUCCUGAAGACAAGAAGCCAGAGGGUUAUGAUGACAUUCCAAAAGAAAUUCCUGAUCCUGAUGCUACGAAGCCAGAAGAUUGGGAUGAUGAAGAAGAUGGUGAAUGGACACCCUCAACAAUUCCCAACCCAGAGUACAAUGGCCCAUGGAAGCCUAAGAAAAUCAAGAACCCCAACUACAAGGGCAAGUGGAAGGCUCCAAAAAUUGACAACCCAGAUUUCAAGGAUGAUCCUGAUCUCUAUGUUUUCCCCAACUUGAAGCAUGUUGGUAUUGAAUUGUGGCAGGUAAAAUCUGGAACAUUGUUUGAUAAUAUCUUAGUUGCUGAUGAUGUUGAGUAUGCCAAAAAGCUAGCUGAAGAAACAUGGGGCAAGCAGAAGGAUGCCGAGAAGGCUGCAUUUGAGGAGGCAGAGAAAAAGGAAGAGGAGGACUCCAAGGAUGACGCCGCAGAUUCUGAUGUGGAUGAUGAUCAUGGUGAUAGUAGUAGUGAUGAUGGUGAAGGAAGUGAGUCUGAUUUCGAUAGCAAAUCAGACGCAAGCAAAGACAGUGUUGAGAAAGACGUACAUGAUGAGCUGUAAGGUCAAUCUGGUAUAGAUAAAGCGCCGCAAAAGUGCUCUUCAAAGGAUCUCCAUUUCUCUUUUUAUUUUUUAUUUUUAAUCUUUGCAGCUGUAGGAGUAGAGGGGAAAGGAAUUGCCAUUGCAGUUUGCGUGCACAUUGCUGUCUUGAUCUGAAUUUUUUUUUCUUUAACUUUUGUUAAGGCUUUAGAAACAAAGAGGUUUUAUUCUAUGCUCAAGAUUAUGAAUUUUGAUAAUAAUUUGAUAGUCUGAUUCUCUGA